AUGAGCAACACCGAUAAUGAUAAGUUAGAUUGGAUGUACAAGGGUGCAACCAGCAAUGUUGAUCGAGAGGAGUAUUUAUUAGGAAAAUCAGUAGACAAAACCUUCGACCAACUGAAUAAUGAAGAUAAAGAAAAGAAACUGGGAUUAGUACCCCCUAAGAAUCAUGUUGAACAUGAAUGUAUCCCUCCCUCAAUUAGAGAUUACAACAAAAUCGUUCAGCAAGAGCAGGUUGACCUAUCUGCAAAGUUACAAGAAGACCCUCUAGUCGCGAUUAAAAAGCAGGAGGAAGAAGCUCGCAGACAAUUUCUUCAAAACCCGAUACAAUUGAAAAAACUGCAAGAAGCUAUGCAAGCCCAAGAAACUAAGAAAAAAAAGAAGAAGAAACGCAAACAGCAUAAACAAUCGGAUUCAGAAGACGACUUGGAUAGGCAGCUAUCGGAAAAAUUAAGAAAUUUAAAAGGAAGUUCUGUCAAUUUUCCUGAGAAAGACAAGAAGAAGAACAACAACGCCGGACAUUUGGAUGUCAUAUUGAUGCACAAGUUCAAUCAGUUGAAGGAUAAAUUGUCCCAAAAAGAUCUUGACGACAUCAUGGCGGGAAAAAGCAGCGAUAGCGAUGAUGAAAUUCCUGAAACCAAAAAACAAAAGAGACAAAGAUCUUCCAGUAAUGCAAGCAGUGAUGAUUCUGGAGUAAUCAGAAAAAAUGUUAAACCAGAAAAGCGUAAAUAUAGCAGUUACAAAGAAAAAAAGGAACGUAGGAAACAUCGGGACAGCUCAAAUGAUAGCUUUAGUGGCCACAAUGCAGAAAGGAAAAAUAAGAAAGAAGUUGAGAAAGAAAAGCACAAGAAUGAUCACAAAAGUAGACCAAGUAGUUCAAGUAAUAGAUAUCGAGAUAAACUAAAGAACAAUAGAAGAAGGAAAUCCAGUAGUAGCAGUAGUGGUGAAAGGAGAAAACAGUCUUAUAAAGAAACACUGAUAUCUCAAUCCAAUAAAGAUGAAGAUUUGGAUAAAAUGAUUUUGCAAAAACUGAGAAUGCUGAGGGACUCAAAAAUCGAUAAACCCGAAGAAACUGGCGUGAAUAAAGCGAAGAACUUAACUGAAUAUUCUUAUGACAGUGAUAAAGACGAAUACGUUUUAAAGAAAAAAUCUUUCGGUUUGGUAAGAUCCGACGGUACUAAAAUCCCGCUGAACAACCCCACACUAAAACCCAAACAGCAACUCAAAAAACCCGAACCCAAGCAGGCGGAAGCGAAAAAAACGAACAAAAGACUGUCGGAAAAAGAGAAAGAUGAACUCCGGAAGCAGAUGAUGUGCGAUGCAGUGGAAAGGGAUAAAGAGAGAAGCGAUAAUUUGAAGAGACAUCGUCAAGAGAAUCGACGCGAAGAAAACGUUGAAGAUUUCGAUAAAAACUUUGUGCACAGGGAGCUGUCGAAGAGCCAGAGGAAUAUUAAAGAUGUCGAGACGAGGAUUAAGUCCAAGUUAAAUAAUAUACAGAGGUCUACCAGGCAUAUGGAUUCGAAUUUUUCGAAAAGGAGCUGA